AUGAUAAACGCGGUGACCGCUAAAGAUUACGAGGUGCCACAGCCUCCUACUGAUGGAGUUUCUGGCCUGGCAUUCUCACCAGUAGCCGAUUAUUUAGCAGUUAGUUCCUGGGAUAAUAAUGUUAGAAUAUAUGAAAUUAAUGCAACUACUAGAAGCGCUGUAGGCAAAGCUAUCUAUAGUCACGAAAAGCCAGCGUUGUGUUGUGCUUGGA